CAACAACAACAACAACAACAAUAUUAUACCAAUAAAUUUGAUCCCACCAUAAGAUAACCACCAAAAAAAAUGGACGAAUCCGAAGAAAGAGAAACUAUUGUCUUGAAGUACAAACGCGGAAGAGAUAAAUUGUCGGCUCAAGAGAUCAACGAAUGGGAAGACCCGCAAAACGAGAUCUAUCACGUGACCGACCGCUACGGUUUCAUACACGACAGCCGAUUACCCGAAAAAUUAUCCGAUUUUGAAAAUAAAAUCCGGGCUCAAGAAAAUACUCGAUUAACCAAAUGGCUAAAAAUGGUGAAGAAUUGGGAACAAUAUUUUCCAGUAUCUGAUAAACUCAAGUCAAGAGUGUAUAAAGGCAUUCCUAAUGCUCUUCGGGGCGAAGUCUGGGCCAGACUAUUGGAUAUUAGUCGAUUAAAACUGGAACAGGACGGCAAAUAUCAGGAGAUGUUAUCAUACGGUUUGGAUUAUUCUCCAGACGUCCGGCAAAUUGAUUUGGAUGUCAACAGAACUUAUAGAAAUCAUAUUAUGUUUAGAGAGAGAUAUAAUACCAAACAGCAGAUGUUGUUCAAAGUUUUAGUCGCUUACAGUGUUUAUAAUUCAGAAAUUGGUUACUGUCAGGGAAUGUCACAAAUAGCAGCACUUUUACUCAUGUAUAUGGAUGAAGAGGAUGCUUUUUGGUCAUUAUCGGCACUAAUGUCAGAUGAUAAGCAUGCUAUGCACGGAUUUUUUAUCCCCGGCUUUCCAAAGUUGAUACGCUUUGCCCGACAUCACGAUAUGAUUACACAAAAAUUUUUGCCAAAACUGUCAAAACUAUUCAAAAAAUAUGAUAUCGAUUCGACACUUUACACAUUAAAGUGGUUUUUCCAGUGUUUUCUCGAUAGAGUUCCCUUUUCAUUGACUUUACGAUUAUGGGAUUGUUUUCUAUUGGAUGGAGAGAUUAUACUUACGGGAAUGAGCUAUACGUUACUUAAGCUACAUAAGCACACAUUGUUGAGGAAACAAAUGGAAACAUUAAUAGAGUUUUUGCAAAUUGAAUUGGAAAAGGAUUUCGGUUAUCGUGACGAUCAAGCAAUACAAGCAUUACAUCAAUCGGUACAAGAUUUAAGAAAACAUAAUCUCCUGUAUCCGCGUGAAGCGGCCAAACCAUCGGAACUGCCACAGAAACCGUUCGGCUUAAUACUGCCGCCCGAUCGGCGUAACUCAUUCCUCAAUGACGACCAGAGUAUAGCCGGAAGUAUUAUACUGCGACCAACCGAUUCUGUAUCUCUGGCUCAUACAUCCAGAACUAAUAGCGAAGUCGGCAGUGUGUCUGACAUCGAUAUAAAUUCCGAUCAAAUGAAAUUGCAGCGUUCGAUAUCCAUCUACGACAAUGUCGACAUCAAUGAAUCACUGGAAGCGGCCAAACGGCUUAGUAAUGUUGAUUUGUCACCGAAAAUGCCAAAAAAUAGUAGAGAGAGGAGUAGUAGCAGUAAUAGUCGUCCCAGAAGUAGGACAGAGUGGUCGGAAACGUCGAGAACGACAUUGAAAAAUGAAGAAACAUCUGAUGCAAGACAUUCCGUCGGUGAUGAAGAACUGUUGAUGAAAUCGAAAAUAAGUGACAAUUUUGUCAAUAAUAUUGAUGAACAAAACGUAUCAAAUGUUAAGGUUGUGAGCGAAGAUGAAGAUAGUUUACCACAUUUUGUUGAACUAAUUUCCCAAAUAAAUGUAACCAAAAGUGAGAUCAGCUAUGAAAACAAUACGCAGACAUCAUCUGUAAAGUCCACCACCACAUCGUCAUCACCGUAUGAAAUGAGUCCAACAACAAAACAAAGCUAUAAAUCUGAAUCAAUUGAGAAUCAAUCGAUUCAAUCAGUUAAUGGUAGCAUUAUUUCGAAAAAUAGCGAUUAUUAUAGCAAUAAGACCGGAGAAGAAGGAUUGGUAUCAAGAGAAGAGAUGAAUGGUAUAAACAAACUAAUUGGCAGUUCUUUACGCGAAAAUAAUUCAAAUUCUGUUAACUCGUCGUCGACUACGACAUCACUAACAGAAAGUCAGAAAAUUAUGAUCGAAACAACAAAAGACGAGAAAUUAUUGAAAUCUUAUUCAAGUAAUACAAAUAAUACUCAAACGAAUGGAGAAAUCGGUAGCCGAAUGUCGCCGCUGAGGACGCCAUACAAACGUGGAGGAAGUCCUGAUAAGAGAUCGACAACGCCGACGACGACAACAGCGACGGUGACGUCGCCGACAUCGCCGACCAAACCGAGUCUUAUUCCCCGAUAUAUAGCCAGUCCUACUAAUCUGUACCAACAAAAUAAUACUAUCACAUCAUCAUCUUCAGUGAAGACAACAACAACUGUCACAAGAAAUGAAAGCAAUAGUUCGCAAAACAUCAAAAGUCUAUCAUUUGUUAAGCAAAAGUCAUCGACGGAUGAGUCGACAAAAUUAAGAAUAUUUGUGCCAUUCAGUCAUCAUUCGGAUCAACAAAACGAUAAUAAAAUACAAUUAAGAGUCGAUUCGCCGACACAUAAGCUGAAGGCAAAAGAUGGGACAAAAGGUUUGCCACGAGUUGACACUUGAGUUAAUCAUUUCAUUAAUUAUUAUUAUUAU